AUGUGUCAGAAGGUUGGUUUGCUGCUCGAUUCAGAUGACUCUGAUGUACCUGAUCUUGACCUACCUACUGUAAACGUUCGUAAAGAACGAUCAGUUUUAGCUCGUCCAAAUGCAGAAACAGCAUUUACUCAUUGGUACUGCUGUAAUAUGCAACACAUGCUUAUUUUGCUACUUUUCACAAUUGUUAUUGCGAUAGCAUUUCUGGGCUUCUUCACGGUGUAUAUUUUAUCGCAGAUUCAUCAACUGCGCAGUGAUGGAAGCCAUGAUGUAUUAAUGAGAGAACUAGCAAUAGUUAAGCAUGAAAUGAGGAGAAUCAAAAUGCAUAUUGAUGCAUCACGCUUGGUAACUUCAUCCUCAGGAACUUCAUUUUGGAAUACUUCCUCAUUGCUAAAUAAUACUCGACUGGAACAAAUUGAAGCAAAAAUUGACAAUAUUACAAAAAAAACGCAAGAACGAUUGAACGUCAUAAAAGAUGCUUGUAUGCAAGGAUGUGAGGCAGUAUCCAAAUUUGCACGUACCGGAAAUGAGACAGAACAUCUUUUCACUGAUUCUGUAUAUGAUAAAUCCAAGAAGAAACGGUCCAAGUCCUCUCAGCGGUCGUUUAGCAGAGAUAUUCCGGUUGUGUUCACUCGAGGCAAACACAGUCAUGGCUAG